GUAGUAUUAUCUAUCGUAUAUCAGUAGACAGUAAUCAGGUUGCUGGAAGCAAGCAAGAAAACGAAACGGAAACAAGUAACAAGACGACUCGACUUGACUACUGCAUCUUUCUUUACUGUGUACUCUCUUUAUAAUUUGUAUAUAUUUUUCUUCGUCAAUGAAAAACCGAACAUUUAACUCGUUUUCGACGACUCCGUCUCUUUCCUUUCUCUUUCCAAAAUUUCCCUAUCUCUCUCUCUCUCUGCGAAUCAUCGCAUGAACCAUCCGUAAAUUCUCAACGUUCAUUUCAUUUCAUUUUUUUCAUCUCUCUACCAAUUCUUCUCCUUUAAGACUCUUGUUUUUUGGUCCGAAAUACCUCACCGUGUACCUUUCCUCACCUUCUCAACUCUACUCUUCAAGCUUAGAAAGAGGUAUUUGCUUGUUUCCUGACAAUUUCUGCAAGGAGCUGCUUAUCAUUCUCCCUCAUUAGUGAUCUUUAUUUAUUUGGUAAAAUAAAUUUCAAUGAGUAAUCUCAAGCUAGGAGUGGAAGUUGUGAGUGCCCAUGACCUUAUGCCCAAAGAUGGGCAGGGUUCAGCUAGUGCAUUUGUGGAGCUUCAUUUUGAUCAUCAGAAAUUUCGCACUACUAUUAAAGAGAAAGAUCUCAAUCCGGUUUGGAAUGAGAACUUCUAUUUCAACGUAUCUGAUCCAAACAACCUAUCCAACCUCACUCUUGAAGCAUAUGUUUAUAACCAUACUAAAGAAAACAAUUCCAAAUCUUUCCUCGGCAAGGUUCGCCUCACUGGGACAUCAUUUGUCCCCUACUCCGAUGCUGUUGUUUUGCAUUACCCUCUGGAAAAACGGGGCAUUUUUUCUCGCGUCAAAGGAGAGCUUGGUCUGAAAGUGUUUGUAACUGAUAAUCCUGCAAUAAGAUCCUCAAACCCACUUCCUGCAAUGGAGUCCUCUGUUUUUACAGAUUCGCGUUCAACCCAAGCUCAAGCACCAGAGCAAAAGAUUGCAGACUCAGUCUCUAAACUGUUCACUGGUGACAAGAAUGAGUCCAGGCAUACAUUUCAUCACCUUCCAAACUCUGGCCAGCCACAGCCGCAGCCACAGCCAGUGCCACAGCAACAACCAAUGUCACAGCAAUUUGUCUCUGCAGCAGCAGCAGCUGUCCCGCAAUCAAUGAACUAUGGGACUCAUGAGAUGAGAUCUGAACCUCAGGGCCCAAAAAUUGUUCGCAUGUUCUCUGAUUCAUCAUCACAACCUGCUGAUUAUGCCCUCAAAGAGACUAGUCCUUUCCUUGGAGGGGGACAAAUCGUUGGAGGACGAGUCAUUCGUGGGGACAGGAUGACCAGUACUUAUGAUCUUGUUGAACAAAUGAGGUACCUUUUUGUACGAGUUGUAAAAGCUCGUGAUCUUCCCACCAUGGAUGUGACAGGGAGCCUUGACCCUUACGUUGAAGUAAGAGUUGGGAACUACAAAGGAAUUACAAAAUACUUUGAGAAGCAGCAAAAUCCCGAGUGGAAUGAAGUUUUUGCCUUUGCAAGGGAGAGAAUGCAAUCAUCUGUGCUGGAAGUUGUAGUCAAGGAUAAGGAUCUGGUGAAAGAUGAUUUUGUUGGGAUUGUAAGAUUUGACAUGAACGAGAUUCCGACACGGGUUCCGCCUGAUAGCCCACUGGCGCCAGAAUGGUAUAGGCUUGAAGACAAGAAAGGAGAUAAAGUAAAAGGAGAGCUGAUGCUUGCUGUCUGGUACGGUACUCAAGCUGACGAGGCAUUUCCUGAUGCUUGGCACUCUGAUGCAGUUACUCCCACUGAUAGUUCCUCUUCCUCCGCUAUCUCUACACAUAUACGCUCAAAAGUUUACCAUUCUCCAAGGUUAUGGUAUGUCCGUGUUAAUGUGAUUGAGGCGCAAGACCUGGUUCUUUCUGAUAGGAAUCGGUUCCCAGAUGCUUAUAUUAAGGUACAGAUUGGUAACCAGGUCUUGAAAACAAAGACUGUCCAAACUCGAACAAUGAACCCAGUAUGGAAUGAGGAUUUAAUGUUCGUUGCUGCUGAGCCCUUUGAAGAUCAUUUGAUUCUUUCAGUUGAAGAUCGUGUUGGCCCAAACAAAGAUGAGAGCAUUGGCAAGGUUGUUAUACCAUUGAACUCUGUUGAAAGGCGUGCUGAUGAUCGAAUUAUUCGUAGCCGGUGGUUCAACCUUGAAAAGUCCAUUUCAGCUGCCAUGGAUGAGCAUCAGGCUAAGAAAGAUAAGUUCUCUAGUAGGCUUCAUCUCCGUAUUGUUCUUGAUGGAGGUUACCAUGUGCUUGAUGAAUCAACUCAUCACAGUAGCGAUCUUCGACCAACAGCAAAGCAGCUGUGGAAGCCAUCAAUAGGAGUCUUGGAGCUUGGUGUUCUAAAUGCUGAUGGACUCCACCCGAUGAAAACAAGGGAAGGAAAAGGUACAUCAGAUACAUACUGUGUAGCUAAGUAUGGUCACAAAUGGAUUCGUACUAGAACCAUAAUCAACAGCCUUAGUCCGAAAUACAAUGAACAGUACACUUGGGAGGUGUAUGAUACUGCAACAGUUCUUACUGUGGGAGUCUUUGACAACAGCCAAAUUGGUGGUUCAAAUGGUAACAAGGAUGUCAAAAUUGGUAAGGUUCGGAUACGCCUCUCUACUCUAGAAACUGGCCGGGUUUAUACACACUCUUAUCCACUGUUAGUACUUCACCCUUCUGGUGUCAAGAAGAUGGGAGAAAUACAUCUGGCAAUACGAUUUUCAUCCGCAUCAUUGGCAAACAUGAUGUUUCUAUACUCGCGUCCCCUUUUGCCAAAGAUGCAUUAUGUCAGGCCAUUGACUGUGAUGCAGCAGGACAUGUUGCGCCACCAAGCAGUCAAUAUAGUGGCUGCUCGGCUUAGUCGGGCAGAACCUCCUCUUAGGAGAGAAGUAGUUGAAUACAUGUCCGAUGCAGACUCUCAUCUCUGGAGCAUGAGGCGCAGCAAAGCAAACUUCUUCAGGCUGAUGUCAGUUUUCUCUGGAUUAUUUGCUGUUGGGAAAUGGUUUGGUGAAGUAUGCAUGUGGAGAAACCCAAUCACUACUGUGCUAGUACACCUCCUCUUCGUGAUGCUUGUCUGCUUUCCAGAACUAAUUCUGCCAACUGUGUUUCUAUAUAUGUUUUUAAUAGGGCUUUGGAAUUAUCGGUUCCGACCAAGAUACCCUCCACACAUGAAUACAAGAAUUUCAUGUGCAGAUGCUGUGCACCCUGAUGAGCUUGAUGAAGAGUUUGAUACAUUUCCAACAACCCGGAGCGCAGAGAUAGUCCGUAUGAGGUAUGAUCGGCUAAGGAGUGUGGCUGGGAGGAUCCAGACUGUGGUGGGUGAUAUGGCUACUCAAGGAGAGAGGAUUCAGUCACUACUAAGUUGGCGGGAUCCUCGGGCUACAGCUAUAUUUGUGACAUUUUGUCUAGUGGCUGCCAUUGUAUUGUAUGCAACACCCUUCCAGGUGCUAGCUCUUGUGGGAGGAUUUUACCAUAUGAGGCAUCCUAGAUUCCGGCAUAGGACACCCUCAGCACCAAUUAAUUUCUUCCGUCGACUGCCAGCUAGGACUGAUAGCAUGUUGUGAAUAGGUAAAUGGAGUUUUGUUUUGUAUCAGAUUCUGGUUUUGUUUGGUGAUGCAUCUAAAGCUUUGCCGUGUCUUGUUAUUUUCUGUUUGAUGUGUCCUCCCAUCCAAACGUAUACAUACAUAUUGAUAAAUUAAAGUUAAAUGGUAGAGAUUUGGUAUUUCAAUGUUGAUAUCAUUCAACAAAA